CCUUUAUUUCCACGAUAAUUAAAAUUCAUACAAACUUUUGUAUUUUGAUAACAUCGAAAGACCCAUCAUAAAACAUGUUUGUUAACAAAAAUGUUAUAUUGUAUGUCUAUGACAAAAAUAGAAAUUGACUUUAAUUUUAAAUGGCCGCCAGUUUAGCCUUUUUUUUAAAUCUUUAUUUAUUUAUUGAGGGUUUUUAAAGAAAUGCCACCCUCAUAGUGGCUCUCUAACAAAGCCUAGCCUAGCUUGCUUGAGUUGCUAGUUGCUAGCUAGCUGCUGUCACAUUACAGUUGAAGUGGAACGCACUUAUCAUUAUCAGUCAGCUUAUCACUCUAAAUUAUUUGGAUACUGUUAUCAACAUUGUGAAGCAAUGUGUAAUAUUAUGUUUGAAAGCUACAAACACAAAUCAUGGAAAAAAUAGCAAGAAAUGUUGCUAAGCCAGACGUUGUGAAAAAUUUGAAGACCAUUCUUCAAUGCACAACUUUUUGCGCUCUUUGUUUUGAUACCAAAGAAGACAAGAAAGAAGAAUUAUUACAUUUAGACCAUUCUCUGGUAUUGGAAAACUUAGAACGAGAAAAGAUAACUCUCAGAGAACUACUGGAAGCUAUAUUUGGAAAUAUUCAAGACUUAGUUACAAGUGACUACAUCUGCGUACCAUGCAAAUCCCUAGCAUACAGCAGUUAUGCUUUCAUUCACAAUACCAAAAAAAAUGUCCACAUCUACAACAAGUACCUCAAGCAACUUCUCAAGGAGACCUCGGAACUGUCUGUCAACUACAGCAAUGAUUGGAAAAGAGCUGUAAUUGUUUUAGACAAUUAUGAGAAAAUAGAACCUAAAUCCAAAAAAAUUGAACAAUAUAUUUGUGAUACGUGUGGGAAAAAUUAUACCAGGAAGAGUUUUCUGAUAAAACACUUAAAAAGACACAAAACUGAUUCUAAAAGUUUCAGCUGUCCUCACUGUGAUAUAUGGCCGUGCAUACAUGAGGAAUACAUACUUGCCUUCAAUGAACAGCAACAGUUGAAAACUAAAUCCAUGUCUUGUUUAUGUGGGUAUAAAUUUGGCCAAACCCUGCCUUAUCUUAUUACUCAUGUUAAUAAAGAUCAUUUAGAUAUAAAGCCAAAUAUUUGUAAAUGUGGAAAGUCAUUUUACUUACAAAAGCAAUAUUGGAAACAUUUUGAAUACUGUUGUAACAAGUAUGCUUGCAAAUCAUGUUUCCACAUGUUUGCAAAUAUAAAGCUGCUAGAGACACAUAUGGAAACUUGUGGAACUGAAAAACUGUUUAAAUGCGGUAUUCGUUCAAAAACUAAACUUCACACGGCUAUAUAUACUAGCAGUCACCCUAAAAAACUUGCUAAAGUCAGAAGGAACAGAAUAUACAAAUGUCUUAUAUGCGAUAAAGCUAUGAAAACUAAGUUGGAAUUACGCUCACAUAUAAACAAUAAGCAUGAAAAGAAGCCUAACUUAUGUUUGUACUGCAAUAAACAGUACAAUUCUAGACAGCAAUAUCUAGAACAUGUUCAAAGUGAUGAACAUAAAAACAACAUACCAUAUGCUUUCAAGCAUCACUGUACUCAUUGUGACUACUCUGCAAAUACUCUAGACAUGCUAAAAGCGCACAUAAAUAGAAUUCAUCUGAAUAUCCGACCAUUUGAAUGUGAACAUUGCCAUAAACGAUACUUCGACAGUACGCAACUGAAAAACCAUGUGAAAACGCACACUGGGCAACGGAAACCGAAAGUCUGCGACAUAUGUGGGGCUAAUUUAUCCGGUCCGACAGCUUUAAAGAAGCAUAGAAGAUUACAUACUGGUGAAAAUCCUUAUUCUUGUCCGUAUUGUGAAGUUAAAACUAACUGUGCGAGUACUUUAAAAACUCAUAUAAUGCGGAAGCAUAUGGAACCAACCAUACAGUGCCCGCUUUGCGACCUGAAGUUCCAUACAAUGAACAAUGCUAGAGGACAUGUAAGAAAGACACACUGGAAGAGUAAAGAGAAGUUUGAUUAUACCAAGCUAAAGGGACUGUCGCCGGAUGAUUAUGAUUUCUUUAGAGAUAGGAGAAAGGCUGUUGUGUAAUAUAAACUUUAGUGUGAUGAAAAUAAAGAUCAUGCA